UCUGGUCUCACACACACAGUCACAGAGACAGAGGCACUCACUCACUCCUUUUCUUUUUCUCUCUAUGUUUUGUUUUGUUUGGGUGUGAGAGAGGGUAAGUGAAGUCGCAGUCGCGGGACUCGAGUUGUGUUGGGUUGGUUCCUCCAAAAUCCAAAUGUGAUGGGAAGCAAUAGCAAUGGCCUCUGCAACCUCUUAUCCUGCUUCAAACCCUCCAAUACAAACACGCCUAACCACAACCAACACCAACACCAGCACCAACUCGUUUUCGCCGAAGCAGAGCCUCCAUUGGACGAAACCCUAGGCCACUCCUUCUGCUACGUCAGAUCCUCCGCCCGCUUCCUCUCCCCCUCCCACUCCGACCGCCUCCUCUCCCCCUCCGCCUCCCUCCGCUUCUCCGAAACCGCCUUCAAGGCCAUCUCCGGCGCCUCCGUCAGCGCCAACAGCUCCGUCCCCAAAACCGUCCUGCAGUCCGACCAGGACGCCGCCCUCAAUGGCUUCAAGGGAACCUCCUCCUUCACCGCCCUCCCGCUCCAGCCGGUCCCCCGUGGAGAGGGCGACAGAGAGAGAGACCGGAGGGCCUUCUUCCUCUCCGGCCCAAUUGAGAGCGGCGCCCUCUCCGGACCCCUCGACGACGCCGUUUCCACCUCCGCCGCGGGAGUGCCGUUCUCCGCUCCGCUCGUCUACGUUAAGAAGAAGCGCAAGAAGAGCAUUGCGGGGCUCAGAAAGGCCUUCCAGCGCAGCCUGUCGGAGAAGAAGCGUCCCUGGGUGGUUCCGGUGGGCCGAAAGGGGAAGACCGAGGCCAAAGACGAAGCCGAUACCGAGAGCAAUGUGCAGUGGGCGCUCGGAAAAGCCGGGGAGGAUCGUGUGCAUGUGGUUGUAUCGGAGGAGCAGGGUUGGUUGUUCGUUGGGAUUUACGACGGUUUCAACGGCCCCGAUGCGCCCGAGUUUCUCAUGGCUAAUCUUUACCGUGCUGUUCACAAAGAGCUUCAGGGUUUGUUUUGGGAGCUUGAAGACCCUGCACCGGAACCUCAACCUCCACCCGAACACCACAAUGAGGUUGAAGAGGACUCUAAUAACUCUCUCCAAGGAUCCGUUAAGAGAGUCACGUUUCAAGCGGAGGGGACUGAGAGUAGGAGGCGGAGGCUGUGGGAAUUUCUCGCUGAGGAUGACGAUGAGGCUGAGGACGGCCUUGAUCUCUCUGGCUCGGAUAGGUUUGCGUUUUCGGUGGAUGAUGCUCUGAGUGUUAGCAAGGAGGGUUCGGGGGGUGGUAGUAGAAGGUGGUUGAUUUUGUCUAAACUGAAGCAUGGUUUGUCGAGGCAUAAGGAGGGGCAUGGGAGGGGGUUGUUGCCGUGGAGCUUUGGUGUUGGGGCGGAGGACAAGGAGAAGGUUGAGGUGGAAAAUUUGCCGCCUCCGCCGGAGGAGGAGGGGGAGAAGUGUGGCGGUGGGAGGAGGCGGAAAGUGGGGCCUGUGGAUCAUGAGUUGGUUUUGGGGGCGUUGUCUAGGGCGCUUGAGAUGACUGAGCUUGCUUAUUUGGAUAUGACGGAUAAGCUUAUUGAUUCCAAUCCGGAGCUUGCUUUGAUGGGGUCGUGUCUGUUGGUUGUGUUGAUGAGGGAUGAGGAUGUUUAUGUGAUGAACGUGGGGGAUAGCCGCGCCAUUGUGGCGCAUUAUGAGUGCAAAGAGGUUCAUUCUAGCAAGGAAUCGGGGAGCGGUGGAGAUGUUGGGUCAAGCGGGGAGUGCAUUGUGGAGGAGUCCUUAGCUCCGGAUGAAGGUGCUGCUGAAGAGAGGAGGUUGGUUGCAUUGCAGCUCUCCACUGACCACAGCACCAGCAUUGAAGAGGAAGUUAUUAGGAUUAAGAAUGAACAUCCUGAUGAUAGUCAUUGUAUUGUAAAUGAUAGAGUCAAAGGCCGUCUUAAGGUUACUAGAGCUUUUGGAGCUGGAUUUUUGAAACAGCCGAAGUGGAAUGAUGUAGUACUAGAAAUGUUUCGUAAUGAAUAUAUUGGCACUGCUCCAUAUAUAUCCUGCUGCCCUUCUCUACGUCACCAUAGAUUAUGCCCAAGAGAUCAGUUCUUGAUCCUCUCAUCUGACGGGUUGUAUCAAUAUCUAAGCAAUGAAGAAGUGGUUUCUCAAGUUGAGAGUUUCAUGGAAAAGUUUCCAGAUGGAGAUCCUGCACAGCAUUUAAUAGAGGAGCUGCUCCUACGUGCAGCUAGAAAGGCUGGAAUGGAUUUCCACGAGUUGCUGGACAUCCCUCAAGGAGAUCGGAGGAAGUAUCAUGAUGAUGUUACUGUGAUGGUGAUAUCGCUUGAAGGAAGAAUCUGGAAAUCGUCAGGGAAGUAUCUGUGAGAUCUUGCUCAACUCCCUGUUGGCUGUAUACAUAUGAUCAUGUUUCACCUGAGGGUCAGUGUCAAAAUUUCGCAGCUGACCCAUUUUACAACAAAAGUUGUGUAUAGAAGAAUCUUGCAUGUUUAUGGCAAGAAGCAACCGGUAGAGCUCUAUCCAGAAUUGGGAGAUGCAAAAUGCAAAUUAAAUCAGAUUGGGAACGGACAUUGAGGAUGGGUUUCGGAAGUUUCUUUAGGAGAAAGAACAAUGUAAAGCCUUUUUAAACUGUUCUUUUUUGGUUCCAAUCGUAGUCUAUCUCUUUUCCCAACUAUUGUUCAGGUUUAUAGAGAUGAAAAAUGAUGAAAUUUUGAGUAGCGGAGGCUCUUUCCAAUUUUUUUUUUCUUUUGCUCCUUUUCUUUCUCUGGCUCUAGCCAAGAGAAUUGGGUGUAUAUUGGUGGGGAUACAAAUGUACUGACUGAACUUAGGGCAGUCACUAGUCAGAGAAGAAAGUAUGUAAUUGAAGGUGGAUUUCUACCAUUGCGGAUUAACAUGAUUCUGAAUUAGAGAUCUCAA